AUUAGGCCUUUGCGUGUGAAGGGUUCCAAAUCAUGUUUCGACAGGCUGUGUUGUUCUUCUGCCUUUUCGUUGUGGUGACAGAAGCAAGGAGAAAGUUCGCGGGACAGCUGACAGGGAAUUUGACCUCUAGUCGUAUAUUUCCGACAAAUACAGAGAUUACCCAAUUUCAGGCAAACGGAACUUUGAAGCGGUUCACACAUGAAAAUGGUCGACUGAUAGUAACAAGGAGUGGGUAUUAUUACAUCUACGCCCAAGCGUUUUUUCAAAACUAUACCGCUGCAAAUUUCUUUCAUAACCGUGUCGCUCUCACCCUAAACGGUUAUGAUGUCAGCUUGAUGCAGACGGCGCUUUCGGGAGGAUUUUCGGACUUCGGCAGCAAGUUUACUGGUGCGAUCAAGUUUCUUAAUGAGGGCGACUACAUCGGCUUGAGGACCGUGUAUCCAUGCGCUCUGUGGGUUACAGGUCGACACACCUUCUUUGGAGCUUACAGAAUCUGAGUUUAUAAACGAAUUGUGUUGGGCAACAUAUGGGAUACUACCGUCGUCCGUGAAUCUCAGGGAAGUGAUCUUCCCUGAAAA